CAACAUUCAACAUCCAAGGUCCAUGUUGUGCAGGAGCUCCUGCAGAGCCAGAGAGCUGACCUGCUGAAACUCGGAUCGGGUUCUUUGGGUUUUAGUUCUGUUCCUCUUCACCGAAGCUGAACAGAAUUUCUUUUAGGAGCUGAAAACCCAAAAUCAGAUUAUUUCCGUCAACAACUAAACCGACCGCAGCGACUUUAACUGGACCCAAGUGAACCGUCAUGGCAGAGCUCAGAAAAAGACAAGAGCUGCCUGAAGAUGUCGGCUCAGAUGACUGCUUGACUUCAUACACACACGUCUACAGUCCAGAUUUACUAAAAGAUCAAGUUACUUUCAUCACAGGAGGCGGAUCUGGAAUUGGACUUCGGAUUGCUGAGAUCUUCAUGAGACAUGGCUGUGACACAGUGAUUGCCAGCAGGAACUUGGACAAACUGAAAGAGGCAGCGGUAAAGCUGUCAGCUGUGUCAGGACGGCGCUGCCUCCCUCUGCGUAUCGACGUGAGGCAGCCAGAGAGCAUCGUAGCGGCUGUGGAUGAGACGCUCAAAGAGUUCGGCCGCCUAGACAUCCUUAUCAACAAUGCUGCUGGAAACUUCCUCUGUCCUGCUUCUGCACUCUCCUUCAAUGCUUUCAAAACCGUUCUGGAGAUAGACACCAUGGGGACGUUCAACACUAGCAAGGUGGUUUAUGACAAGUGGUUCAAGGAUCAUGGAGGUAACAUAGUCAACAUCUCUGCCACGCUUGCGUACCGAGGACAGGCCCUUCAGGUGCAUGCUGGCUCUGCUAAAGCAGCAAAUGAUGCCAUGACAAAGCACCUGGCUGUAGAGUGGGGGCCCAGUGGAGUAAGGGUCAAUGCUGUGGCCCCAGGACCAGUCUCUGGUACUGAGGGUUUUCGCAGACUUGGUGGUUCUGGUGCCGAGGCUGCAGGUGCUUUUCAGUCCAUUCCUUUGCAGCGAGCUGGCAACAAGACAGAGAUAGCCCACUGCACUCUUUUCCUGGCCAGUCGAGCAUCUUCCUACAUGACCGGGGCCAUCCUGGUGGCGGAUGGCGGGGCGUGGUUGACCUCAUCCAAUGACGUCUCUGCGCUGUUGGGUAUAGCCUCCUCUAAAUCCGCUAAGCUCUGAGCAGGGGGCUCUCCUGUCCUCCUCCUGACCCAGGUUACUGGUCACCUGACAAGAGAAAGGACAAGUGAUCAAGAGAAAUCAAGACCUUUCUGAUGUAAUGAUGCAGUUUAUGGACAGUGUUGGAGGUUUAUUAGGCACACUGGUGCCUUAUGUGUGUGUUGCUGGGAUUCUAGUAGAACACAAAUAAAUAGUAUCCAUAUGGUUUUUAAGUGCUGAAACAAUUGAUCUAAAUGUGAAUAAAUAUUUGAACCAUUCCAGUGGUCAGUAUUGUCAAACAUCUCCCUUGCGGCCAUGUUUAUCACUUCAACUGUCUGCAUUUAUUCAUCAAUAAAAGCCUUUCUAAUCAGUUGUAACUUAA